AUGGAGUGGAGUUUGAAGCUGCUGUUCGUCUCUCUGACGAUGAUGAAGAUGAUCUCAGCUGCAUCACAACAGAACUUCUGCUCUAACUCGACCGUGUUGAGGACUCGGACAAAGUGUCACUCGUGCAGCAUCAGCCUGUUUAUGUCGUGUCCGUCAGGGUACAAACGGACCCCCGGGACCCUGGCAAAGGACUGCAAGUACUACAUCAGGACGUCGAGUAUGGAGCUGCCAAUGAGCGGCUGCUCCUUCGAGUGUCACAGAGAGGCGAAGCUGAUGAGCUGCUGUCCCGGCUUCUGGGGUGCAGAUUGCAUCGAAUGUCCUGACCGAGCUGACAGACCGUGCAGUGACAGAGGAACCUGCUCAGAUGGACUGGGAGGAAACGGGACGUGCAGCUGUCAGGAGGGCUUUGCUGGAACUGCGUGUGAGAUUUGUGCUCUUGGUCGUUAUGGUCCUGCCUGCAGCUCAGUGUGCUCCUGUGUGCAUGGUCUGUGUGACUCUGGUCUGACAGGCUCUGGUUCCUGUACCUGUUUCUCUGGAUAUAAAGGUCCAAACUGUGAUCAGGAGUCGACGGCGUGCAAGGCUCUCACCUGUCAGCAGAACGCUCGCUGUAUGGAACAAGCUCUGACGGGUCAGCUGGUCUGUCAGUGUCUGCCGGGGUACCAGAGGUCAGGAGAUCAGUGUCUGUCCAUUAAUCCGUGUCUCCAGCCGCUCUGUCACAACCAUGCCACCUGCGUCCACUCGGGUCCAAACCAGCACGUGUGCGCCUGCAACGAGGGCUACAGCGGGGACGGGCAAGUCUGCAUGGCCGUCGACCCGUGUCAGAGUAACCAGGGAGGGUGCUCGACUGGGACCGCACGAUGUGUUUACGACGGACCGGGGAAGUCUCACUGUGAGUGUCUACCUGGAUUUGAACACCUUCCUGAGGGCGGCUGCGGCCUCAAGGACUUGUGUAGACCCGGUUCCUGUGAUGAACACGCUAACUGCACCACCGUAGAACCUGGACGAGUCGACUGCACCUGUCUCCAGGGUUACAUCGGUAACGGCAAAGUGUGUUAUGGGAACAUCAUCCAGCGUCUGAACAAUCUGAACACGGAGCCAGGAGGAGAGUGGAGGGGUCAGCUGAGCGACGCCAUCCAGCUGUUUGGCGUUCUGUCGUGGCCUCUGCAGAGUUUGGGUCCGUUCACUCUGUUUGUCCCCAUAAAUAAAGGAUUUAGAGGAACAUCAGUGAGGACUCUGACUGCUGACGUUUCAAAAGCUAAAUACCUGUGUAAGAUGCACCUGGUUGCCGGGGUGAUGCCGUUCAGUACUCUGAAGAAAACAAACGUUUUUUACACUCUGACGGGAAAAUCAGCCGAGAUUGACACCUCAGAGGGGGACUCUCAGACUAAAAUCCGUCUCCAUGGCAGCAGGAAGAAAGGUGUAAUACUGCGCUCUGACUUGGUCGCGUCCAACGGGAUAAUUCACAUAAUCAACAAACUAAUGGACAGUGUGUCCCCAACUGUGGACAGCAACACAAAGGAGAAUCUGUUGACGGUCAUCUCUGACUACGGAAAAUUCUACAAGUUCAAGUCUUUAUUGGAGAUGGUAGAUCUGACCUCAGUCCUGGACACUCCCGGUCCAAUCACGGUCUUUGCUCCCAGUAGCUCCGCCUUUGACAGGAUGACUGAAGGUCACCUGGAGUACCUGAGCAGCGCUGAGGGUCACCACAAACUGCUCGAGUUUCUCCGGAACCACCUGGUCCAGUCCACCGCGCUGGAGGUCUUUAACGCCGUGUCCAGCCCCAGGAUCGUGACAAUGGCCAAUCAUGUUCUGAGCAUCAACGUGACGGAAAACGGUCAGAUUUUUGUGGACGACGCCCCCGUGCUGGAGGCCGCGGUUGAGGCUAAAAACGGACGUCUGUACGUCAUAGAUGGCGUUUUGACUCCGUCUACCAUCCAACCUGUGCUGCCCCACAGGUGUGACAUCAACAAGACCAAACUCUUCAGGGGUGAGUGCAACAACUGCCUGAGAGCCAUACUGUCUCAGUGCUCGUCUGGAGUUAAUACGGGCUCCAUCGUAUAUGGAUGUAUUUAUAAUAUGUCCCUCGGAAAGCAAGGCAUUAAAAUCGCAUCAGCAGGUUGCAAGCCGAUCUGCAACACAACCGUCACCACUCCAGCAUGUUGUAAAGGUUUCUAUGGACCAGACUGUAGUCCCUGUCCAGGUGGACAUCAAACCCCAUGCUCUGGACACGGUCAGUGCUCCGAGGGGAUGGAAGGAAGCGGGUGUGUCUGUGAGCAAAACUUCAGAGGCUCUCGCUGUCAGUACUGCACCGCCCCCAACAAGUACGGACCAAACUGUGACAGGACCUGCCCCUGUGUCCACGGGCAGUGUGAUAAUCAUCCAGACUCAGGCGGCCAGUGUAAACUGGACUCCUGUCAGAUGGGUUACACCGGUGCGCUGUGCGAUCGCAGGACAGCGGCGUGUGGCGUUCAGGCUCAGUUCUGUCACGCACACGCAGACUGUGACUUCAGCCAGGGAACCCCCAGAUGUGUUUGUCAACCUGGUUACCAAGGAGACGGGAUCACCUGUGUGGAGUCUGACCCCUGUGCUCCGCCCCUCAGAGGCGGCUGCAGCUUGAACGCCAAAUGUGUAACGACAGGACCGGGGACUCACUCCUGUCAGUGUCUGAUCGGGUGGACGGAGGACGGAGACGAGUGUCAGCCAAUCAACAACUGCAACCGUCCCGAUAAAGGAGGCUGCCACUCCAAUGCCACCUGCAUCUACGUGGGACCUGGACGGAGCGACUGUUCGUGUAAGGCGGGGUACAAAGGCAGCGGCUGGAACUGCGAGGCCGUGAAUCAGUGUGUGACAGCCAACGGAGGCUGUCAUUACCUGGCCAGCUGUCUCCUGCAGUCCUCUCAGUGGACGUGUGUGUGCGAUGAAGGUUAUGUUGGAAAUGGACAGACGUGUUACGGCACCAUCGGACAGGAGCUCAUGGUUCUGCCGGACGUCUCAGAGUUCUUCACAUGGACCACUGAGUCCGGUCUGUCCGGGUCUCUGUCCGAUCAGAACCUCACCCUGCUGGUCCCGUCGUCGGACGCGGUCGCUAAAAUGUCCCCAGAGGAGAAAAAGUUCUGGACCACCAAAGGAAACCUGCCCAGUCUCAUCAGAAAUCAUAUGAUCUCAGGUGUGUAUCCAUUAAACACCCUGAGCGGCCUUGCCUCUCUCACCUCCCUCCUCAAGACCACACUUCCUGUUUCAUCAACCAAUGAGGUCGUGUCUGUCGGAGGAGCGACCAUCACCGCCUCCAACAUCGCUGCUACCAACGGACUCAUCCACAUCGUUGAUAAGGUUUUGGUUCCUGACAGGAAGCUGAGUGAAGGACUGCUGGCGACUCUCGCUCUGAGGACAGACUUCUCUCUGUUCAGAUCCUACCUCAUCGAUUAUAACCUGACAGACGAGAUCGAGCAGGCAGACGAGUACACUGUGUUCGCUCCGACAGACGCCGCCAUCGCCGAGUAUCUGAAGAAGGCGUCCGUCACCGCCAUGGAUGUAAAUACAACUCGCUACCAUGUGGUGGCGACGGAGCGCCUGUUAAAGACCGACCUGCAGUCUGGAGGGUACAAAGAGACGCUGCUCGGGUUCUCCUUCCAGCUCGGCUUCUUCCCCCGAGACGGAAAGCUGUUUGUGAACGACGCUCCGAUGAACUCGUCGAACCUGCUGAGCGGUCGAGGAGUGAUCCACGGUCUGUCAGCCGUCCUGGAGAUCAACAGGAACCGCUGUGACAAGGUCAAAUACUUGAAACUCCAGGGACCAUGUGUGGACUGUUUCUAUCAAAUGAGUGAAAUCUGCCCAAACCAGACGAUUCAGGACAAAUCUGUGAAGAUGAGGAAGUGCCUGAUGAGACGGGUGAUUCAAGGAGAGAAUCUGUUGAACACGGGCUGCAGAGCGAUGUGUCUGAUGGCCAACAUGGAGCGGAGUUGUUGCGGGGGGUUUUUCGGGGAGCACUGCGAGCCGUGUCCCGGGCCGAAGGGUCAGUCGUGCUCCGGUAACGGACGCUGUGAGGACGGCACGGCGGGGACCGGAGUGUGCCGCUGUUCCAAAGGAUUCAAUGGGACGGCGUGUGAGAGCUGCGAGGGCGGGAAAUACUCCAUCCACUGUGACCAAGACUGUCGUUGUAAACAUGGCCGCUGUAACGAGGGGCUGAAGGGUGACGGGUCGUGUGUCUGUGAUGUUGGUUGGAGAGGCGUCCUCUGUGAUGAGAAAGUUGUCUCUGAUGAGAUGUGUGGGUCAGAUGUGAAGUGUCACUCCAGUGCAAACUGUCUAACGGGACCGUCCGGAACGUUGUGUUCAUGUGCCGCCGGAUUUGAAGGAAAUGGAACUUUCUGCCAAGCCAUAGACCGGUGUGCAGUGGGUAACGGGGGCUGCAGUCUCUUCGCGGUGUGUAAGAGGACCUUGCCCGGCCUCAGAGAGUGUGUGUGUAACAGUGGUUACCGAGGCGACGGGUUGGUGUGUGUCGAAAUCAACCCCUGUCUGGAAGGAAACAGUGGUUGCCAUGCCAACGCAGAGUGUAUUCACGUUGGACCAAACAAAACUUCCUGUGCCUGUAGAGACGGUUUCUCUGGUGGCGGUCAAGACUGCAAGAUGAUCAACCUGUGCAGAAAGAAAAACGGCGGCUGUCACACUUUUGCCAGGUGUAACACGACAGAUCCAGGUGUUCGUACCUGCACCUGUCACAAAAACUACGUCGGAGACGGACUCACCUGCAGAGGCACUGUGGAAAAGGAGAUCGUGAGGAGGGAGUUGAAAGAGUUCUUCAUGGGUCUGAUGGUGACUCAGAUCUCUCUGAAAGGUCGCGGCCCGUUCACCGUGUUUGUUCCGACAACUGAAGCCUAUAGAGAGGAUAAACAUGGCGGCAAGUUUAAAUUUCUGGGGAUAGAAAAACACCUGGACGAAUUUGGCUCCGUCAUGCGCAGCCACAUCGUCAUGUGUCACACUCUACUGCCCAUCGACCUGAGCCGACCGCGAAACCUGACGACUCUGUCCGGACUUGUCCUGACCACCAGGUCCAGCCAGGGUAGAAUCUUCGUCAACGAGGCCAACGUGACGUACAGCAACGACCUCAGCACCAACGGCAUCUUCCACGAGAUCGACAAGAUUCUAUAUCCUCCCCAAUUCGACGCAUUCAAAGACUUGGACGUUCCUAUGAACCUGAGUGACGUGGCAGAUCGUCAUGGUUACAGAACGUUCUACAGACUGCUGCAGGACUCUGGUGUGACAGACCUGCUGAAGGACGGGGCGUACCAGCCGCUGACCGUCUUCCUGCCCUCAGACGACGUCAUGGCGUCUCUGCCACAGGAGCAGAAGGACUUCCUGUUUCACAGAGACAACCGAGCUCAGCUGCUGGAGUACCUCAAGUUCCACAUCCUGCAAAACCGGAAGGUGUACGCCGAAGGUCUGAUCUACCUGGACUCUGCUCGGAGUCUGCAGGGUUCACCUCUGACUUUCAGCUGUGGAGGGAUGGACGCCAUUGGAGAAGUGUUUGUCAACGACGGAAAGUGUCGGAUCGUUCAGAGACACCUCUUCUUUAACGGUGGCAUCGCCUACGGGAUCGACUGCCUGCUGACUCCGCCCAGCCUCGGGGGACACUGCAGCAAACAGACGAUCUUUGACCUUGAGAUGAGCUGUGAUCUGUGCACGCUCUCAGCAUCUCGCUGUCCCAAGGGCUCCAAACUAAAGGAGGUCCAGAAGUGCGACCUGCCGUCAUUGUUAAUUACUAAAAACACGGGCUGUCGCACCAUCUGCACGGUCAGCUUCCUGAAGCCAAAGUGUUGUCAUGGUUACUACGGACGGGACUGCCUGGCCUGUCCCGGCGGCAGCAGCUCUCCCUGCAGUAACCGGGGGAAAUGUGACGACAGUCACCUUGGUAACGGCACCUGUACCUGUGAGGUCGGUUUUGGGGGCGUGGCCUGUGAGCUGUGCAGUGAAGGGUUCUACGGAGGCAGAUGUAAAGCCUGUAACUGUUCAGAACACGGGUCAUGUGACCAGGGACGGACAGGUACAGGAGUGUGUUUCUGUGAGGCCGGCUGGACCGGAGAGCGCUGUGAGAGCCCCCAGGCUGAGGUUCUGGAGUGUUCUCCGUCCUGUGCUCCAAAAGCGGUCUGUCGUGAGAACAACACCUGUGUGUGUCGGCCAUUUUAUGAAGGAGACGGCUUAACCUGUGCAGUUAUGGACAUCUGUAGCGUGUGGAACGGCGGCUGUGCCAAAGGAGCCAGUUGUUCUCAGGUAGGAGAACAGGUGAGCUGCACGUGUCCUAAAGGUCACAAUGGAGACGGCUUCACCUGUCUGCCCAUCGACCCCUGCGUCUCGGGGGACAAUGGAGGCUGCCACGAGCAUGCCACAUGCACCAUGAUGGCUCCGGGGAAGAAGAAGUGCACCUGCAAGGACAACUACAUCGGAGACGGAGUCACCUGUGAGGUCAAACAGCAGCCAAUCAGCCGCUGUCUCCAAGACAACGGACAAUGUCAUCAAGACGCCAAAUGUACCGACCUGCACUUUGAAGAUACAAAGUUUGGUGUGUUUCACUACCGUUCAGUUCGAGGUCAGUACAAACUGACUUACAGCGACGCUCAGCAGGCCUGCAGUGCAGAGGGAGGCAGCAUCGCUACAUACACUCAACUGUCCUACGCUCAGCAGGGGGGGCUGAACCUGUGUGCUGCCGGCUGGUUGGACUCGGCCCGGGUUGCGUACCCGACGACCUAUUCAAGCCCUCAGUGUGGUUUCGGACAUGUGGGCAUCGUGGACUACGGGACACGGAAGAACCUGAGUGAGACCUGGGACACCUUCUGCUUCCGGAUGAAGGAGGUGACGUGUGAGUGUAGUCCAGGAUAUGUCGGAGACGGUCUCAGCUGUGUUGGAAACCUGCUGCAGGUCCUCAGAUCUACGCCCAACUUCUCAAACUUCUUCUCUCAAAUCCUGAACUCGUCUCAGGUGAGUGAAUCAGGUAAACAGUUUGUGAGGAGACUCGGCAACCUGACCGUUCAGUCCACUCUGUUCGUACCCGACAACGACGGCCUACCUGACAACCAGACUCUGUCCAUGCGGGACAUCGAGUUCCACCUGUCCGAGGGUCUGGCUCUUCCUCUCGUCCAGCUGAAGAACGGCACUCGCAUCAGAACUCGUGUCGGCGGUCUGACCGUCCGAGGAGUCGCUGACCAGAUGAAUCCGUCGGCUCUGUCAUCUCGUUACAUCAACGACCGCUUCAUCACCGACUCGGACAUCCAGGCUUCAAACGGGGUCAUCCAUGUUCUCCAGGGGCCGCUGAAAGCCCCGCCCCCUCGCCAACAGCAGAUGAAGGUGGCUCACAGGGCGGGGCUUGGAGUUGGAGUCGUGGUCCUGGUCAUUCUGCUGGGCGCGGUCGUCUUCGUUGGAUAUAAAUUCUACGCCCACAAAACCAAACCGUUCAGGUUUCACUACUUCAAGGACGAGGAGGAAGAAGCUCCACCCCCUCCCGACACCAAUCGCAGCAUCUGUAACCCGGUUUAUGAACCUGCAGAGUCCGGCUCACCUGAGGCCGCAGCGGAGGACAAACCCGAGGCGGUGAACGGAGGAUCGUACGACCUGCUGUCUGAUGGACUGGAAACUUCCUAAGAUCUGACACCUGUGUGGACCGACGGUCUGACAGGGACAGGGAUCAUCUUCUCCUCUUACAGAGAGCAGCUGUGUCCUCUGAGGACUUAACUCUGAGUCCAGACCCGACCCGACCCCCUUCCCUCCCACUAGCACAACACUAAUGAUGCGUUCAGAUGACCAAAACUAAAGUCUGGACUGUACAGUUUUUCUGCUGGAUGUGAAGACAGCUGCUGGUUCCAGGUCUCAGAGACUCUGAAGUUUCAGAAUAAAAAAUACCUCAACUGCAAAAAAGAAAUGUUUUUGAAUCAUGUAUAAGUGAAUGUAAAGCUGAUUAAAAGUAC